AUGGAGGCAGAUACAUUGGCAAUUGACUAUCCUGAAGGACUCACCAGGGAUUCUUGGAGGGCAGUGUUAACUUUGGCGUACCAGAGCCUGGGGGUGGUGUUCGGGGACCUGAUCACGUCGCCGUUGGAGGUCAUCCAGCACUCGGAGACGAACGAGGAGAUCUACGGCGUGCUCUCCUUUGUCUUCUGGACCCUCACCCUCGUCCCGCUCCUCAAGUACGUCUUCAUCGUGCUCCGAGCCGACGACAACGGCGAGGGCGGCACCUUCGUGCUCUACUCCCUCCUCUACCGCCACGGUCGCGUCGGUUUCCUCCCCAACGGCCAGCUCGCCGACGAGGAGCUAUCCGCGUACAAAAAAGGAGACAGCAUCGGCGGCCGCGGGGCAGCGGGUGGCGCGGCCGCGUCGAGGGUGAGGAGGAUGCUGGAGAAGCACCAGGUGCUGCAGCGGUGCUUGCUGGUGGCCUGGUGCUGGCGCUCAUGGGGACGUGCAUGGUCAUCGGGGACGGCGUCCUCACCCCUGCUAUUUUUGGUGGUGCUCUUACUUUGGCCUAGACUUCUAUAGUUCUAUUUGGGUUAGUUGGUUCCCCUCCCCCCCCCCCCCCCCCCCCCUCCCCUC